GGCUGCACUUCUUCACUGGUGGUAAAGUUUGCGGACACACAGAAAGAUAAAGACCAGAAAAGAGGCAAACAGUCAUUAAUGCAACACUUGUGGACACAGAGCUCUUCUCCGCUGUCAACACCAUUAAUGACGAAUCCAUACCUGACUUUAGCCGCUCUGACGAACGCCGCUCAACAACAGCAACAAUUGGCCACAACUCUGGCACUACAGCAACAAUGUCUCACUUCAGACAUAUCGCUGGCCCAAGUCUUAUCCAAUCCUGUUUUAAUGGCUCUGACGGGCACAACACCAUCCAAAGUGUCGUCACCGGCGCCCACAUUAUCGCUGAAUCCUCACUAUAACAGUAAUAAACUCGAUAUGAUUACAGGAGUUCGCGAUCAGUUGACUUAUACAGUCAGCCCAUCCCUAUCCACAACGUCGACAAUGUCUGGCGUUCAACACUUGGCCACGUCUUUGAGCUCUAUUUCCAAUAAUACGGUUAUCAAUAAACAAACUGAAGGCCCUGAAGGCGCCAACCUUUUCAUCUAUCAUUUACCCCGAUUUGUUUCGUACGAUAACUCACUGUCGGCUCAAACGGCUAUUCAGGCGAUGCAUGGCUUUCAGAUCAGGAAUAAACGACUUAAAGUGCAGCUCAAAAAAACUAGAGAUAAACCAUAUUAAUUAAAAUCACAUUCAAUUACACUAUAAAUCCAAUUUGUUUACAGACAGACACACAAAUUAAAAGAUAAUUCAUGUCAUGUCUCCUCAAUGUCUGCCUAUUGUUGCGUUAGUACGGAGUCUGGAUCCUAACAUUUGAGUCUUUCUGUUAUAAUACUAUAUGUUUUGAGGCAACUAUUUAUAUCAAAACUAAUGUCUAAUUUCAUUAAUGGUCUCCAAUUUUGUUAAAUAAUCAUAUAUUAUUUUCUGUUUACGGGACCAACAAAUGGGUGACCUAAUGAUAGACCCGAUUCUAUGUCCAAUAUAUUUAUACAAAUUUAAAUUUCCUUUUCUUCCCUAUAAUUCUGAUGACAUAUUUUGUGUGUUUAUAUACUGUAUUCACUGUACGUGUUAUAAACAAAGUGCCAAAACAUUUAUGAUUUAUGUUUUUUUCCUGUAA